UCUUGAUGAGGCUGUCACAGUCAGUGACAGUAGUGUUCAGAGAGGCUGGAAUAGGCUAGCAAUGACCAACAACUCAGCAGGACUUAAAUGUAGUAUCUAUCAUAGCUUGGAAGGACAUAAAGCAGGAAGUAUAGAUAACAGUUACACUCCUCCAACUAGUCCUUUCGAAGUGGGCUGUUCCUUGAACUGAAACUCCACAGACUUUGUCCUCCACAGCUUGAAACUGAGCACCACUGUAGACUACACAGGUUAUUCUCCAUCCCCACUAUACAACCCUUAUGGACUCAAGUGAGGGGAUGGGAUCAGAAAUCCUGAGUCUCUUGAAGAAUGUGACGAUGGAGGUAAUACAGGAGAUAACAGAAACGAUAAAUAUAGCGUAAAAUGAGACAAAAACUGCUUCCUUGGGUAUAACAGUAGCUGUACAGACGAGGGUUCAGGGGAGUGAUUUCAGAGUGUCUGAGGAGACGGACUCUACGCUCAUAAUGAGGAUUGUGAUGAUGGGAAUGAAAAGAGUGGAGAUGGAUGUAGUAGUGCUUGAAAAGUUGAGACUGGAUUUGAGUGAAAGGGAUGGCACAACCAAACUUGAGAGUCUAUAUGUGGAGAUGGAGUCAAAGCUAGUGAUGAAGAAUGAGAUGAUGGAGGUACUAAUGAUGGUGAUGGGUGUGAUAAGGAUUGUAAACAUGAAAGAGAUUACUUAUGAACUGGCCAAGGAGUUUCUAUCAGCUGAACCAGACAAUGUGGAAAUGGCAUCCUCAAUCCGACUGAUGACUUGAAGACUACUUGAGAUGACAACAAUACAAUCAGUGGAGAUGGCUGUGAUUCCAACUGAGCGGUUGAAUCAGGUUAUAUAUGCAAGUCUCCCACUUAUACAAACAGCAUAUGCAAGCCGAGGUGUGGAGAUGGGGUGAUUAUUGCACCAGAGACAUGUGAUGACAAGAACGAAGUCAGUGGUGAUGGAUGUAGUUCUCAGUGAACUAUUGAGAAUAACUUUCUUUGCUCUAAUAAGACUCCGACAGGUCCGAGUGUGUGUAAGAAGUGAGAAAUCAAGCAUUGUUUGGAAUGUGAUCCAAAUGACUAUGACAAAUGCAUAAAAUGUGAGAAGCAUUUUAUGCUUAAAAGUCCAACAAAGUGAUAUUCUCCAAAUGUUUACGAAUUCUCUAAGAACGCUCAACAAGUAUCUUCAGGGUCUCAGGCAGUUUCUGGAGCAAGUGCUGGGGCCACAGUGAUCGUCUCAAUUUUGAACUUAUCAUCUAUUGCAGCUAUCUGGUCAAUUGUAAAUCAGCUCCAGCUCUAUUUGCUGUUGCCCCUUACUAAAACUCCGUUCCCAGGAAAUGUAAAAGUAAUGAUUUUAGGAAAUGAAUUAUUUCAGUUCAACUUUAAUUUCAUUCCGUUAAAGAGUCUUCCUAAGAUUCCUGAGAUAAUGGACUGGCUCGAUAUUGAGCAGGAAAAUAUUUAUCUUGAAACUAUCGGCAUAGAAUCUAGGACAAGCUUACUAAACAAUUUCAGCUUUGCAAUAUUAAUGGUAUUUUUCCUUGUGCUCUACCCCCUUGUGAUGACACUGAAAUUAUGUAUCAACUACGAAAACGAGGAGAAAUGUAGUUUCAACUAUGUGAUGAUCAAGAUCGUAGACCUCUUCAACUUUAUUAUUUACAUCAGACUGGUUCUUGGAGGGUUCCAGCUGCUCCUGAUAUGCAGUCUCUCAGAAGUUGUUGACUUCAACUUCUCUGGCAUUCCUCAGAUUAUCUCAUUUAUCUUCUCCUGACUAGUUCUAGUAGUAUGCUUAGGAGCAAUUGGAGUUUCGUUCUAUGUGUUCUAUUCAAAGAGAGAUUUUUACGAUCCUGAUAAAUACUACAAGCUUGCAGAGUUCAUAACUGGAAUUAAGGAUUCGAAAUAUGCAAGGCUCUAUCCCUUUAUGGCUUUGAAUAGGAGAGCUUUGUUUAUAGGGUGGCUCAUCGUCUUCAGCUGGAUAGAGUGCAUCUAUUUAUCAGCUGGAAUGCUGAUAAUUCAAUUCGUCUAUUUAAUGUUUCUAAUGACAAUCAGGCCUUUUGAUAGAGCAGAAAAUAACAUGAUUGAAAUAGUGAAUGAAAUCAUUUACUCAUUAAUGCUCUCGGUUAUGAUUGUCUGAGACAAAGAAGGAGAUUGGUCUGGAGAAGUUACAAAUGCAUUUUGUGGAAUCAUUCUAUUCAACUCUCUUAUUAUCACGUUUAUUAUGAUGGGUGCUUUAUUUGUGUCAAUAUUCCAGAAGUGUAGAAGCAAAUUUUGAAAUUCAAAGAAAGCGAUUGAGCCAAUUCAAGAAAUUACAAAACAUGAGAAAAAUACAAGGGCUUCUCACGUAAUAGAUUCAGAUAUAUCAGGAAUCCGAAUUCUUUCAUCUAAUAAAAACUCAAAUAUGGCUAGAGUAUACAAAGAAUCUCAGAAAAAAUCAAAAAUGGAAAGAAGUGCUAUUAAAUUUUAAAUCUUAAGCUGAUGCAUUUAUACU